AUGGUUUUGAAACAACUGCUGGAAAUCAAAAUGACAGGCAGAGUGUUUGUGGCUCUACUGCUCCCCCUGCUGGCUGGUUCUGCACCAGUUUCUCAGGAGUUGUUUCCGGCAGACUGCUCUGAUAUCUACGCUAACAGCCAAACUCUGAGCGGGGUUUAUUCCAUCUACCCUACAGGAGACACACCUGUACAGGUGUACUGUGACAUGGGCUGUGAGGGAGGACCACCAGAGGACGCCAAGUGGACGGUGAUUCAGAGGAGGAUGGACGGCAGUGUGAACUUCUACAGGCCGUGGGAUCAGUACAAGAAAGGCUUUGGGAAUAAGAAUGGAGAAUACUGGCUGGGACUGGAGAACCUCUAUCAGAUCACCCGCAAGAAGAAGUACGAGCUGAGGGUGGAUCUGCAGGACUUUGAAGGAGGGAAGGUUUACGCUCGGUACUCGUAUUUCUCCGUGGAAUCUGAAACUGACGGCUACAAACUCAACAUCAAAGGCUUCACCAACGGAGGAGCAGGUGACUCUAUGGAGCUACAUAACGGGCAGAUGUUCACCACCUUCGACAAGGACCAGGAUACUAAUAAAGAUAUUAACUGCGCCAAGCAGUACCUCGCCGGGUGGUGGUACAACUCUUGCCACCACGCCAACCCCAACGGAGUAUACAUUUGGGGAAAGGAUGCCACAUAUAAUGCUAUUGGGAACGUGUGGUACCACUGGAAGGGCUACGCCUACGGUCUGAAGUUCAUCAGUAUGAAGAUCAGACCUCUACCUUAAACCCAUAGGAUGGGUUUCUCCUCUUUAAAAGUAAAGAUCAGGGGUGGGUUUCCCGAAAGCUUCGUAACGCUAAGAACUUCGUUAACUCGUACUUAAGAUUGAUCGUUAAUUAAAGCGUGUUUCCCAAAGCCGUGUGUAACUAAAGUACUACGUAAACUCGCUCGCAGAUUAACGAGUAACCUCACCCACUCGUUAUUCUUAAAGUACUACUUACAGGGGAUUCUGCAUGCAGUUCAUCUCCUUAAACACCAGGGGCCGCCAAAUUUGAGGGAGAAAAAAAUUCUUUCUUUGUUUCUGUGGUUAAAUCGAUUAUAUUAUAUGUUAUGUUAUAUUAUGUCAUAUUAUAUUAUAUUAUAUUGUAAUGCCAACUUUGUCUGUUGCUUGUAGUCUAACUGGACAUAUUUAAAUUGACCAAUCAAACCCACAAAUAAAUUAAAAUUAAAAUCCAGAUUAGUGAUGGUAGAGCUCUUGACAUUAAAUCUGCAAUGAUUGCAAUCAACAAAUUCCUGCAGAUGAUGCUCACGGUCUAAGCAAAAUAAAAACAUAUAUAAAAUAUAUCUAAAACAUAUAUAUAUAUAUAUAUAAUGUUUAUACUGUUUAGGGAUGAUUUAUGAAAUUAAAAAGGUCACUAUGUUUUAAAAUAGAUUAUGGCAUUAAUAUAGUAUUUUUUGUUUAUUAUAAUAUAGUAAUUUUUGUCAAAUUAUUUAGUCUUACAUAUCUUUAGGAGUAUUUUAUUAAUGCCUAAGUACAUCCUUUUGUAAUUUAAUUUCCGAAUAUGUAUAAUGUUGUUGAUUCCAUCACAUUUCUACGUUUUUAGGGUGUAAUAGUGAAUAAAUACUGCAUAUUGCAGUGUUGAAUCGAUGUUUGUGGAUCGAUUGAGUGCGCUGUUUCGGGGGAGGAGUUAAUAAAGACGUUCUUUAACCUCGUUUGUUAAUUUUCACUUUGCGAAGCUCUUUGGGAAACACUCGCAGAACUGGCUCGUUCUUUACACACGUCAUUCCUUAGUUCGUUCGUUAUUCGCUAAGAUUGAUCGUUUUCAGGAAACCCACCCCAGAUCUACAGAUUUUAACUGGAUGAUUUUCUCCUCACUGUCGAGUGCUGUGCUCCAUAUUUCCAUUAGUAAAAGCUGUCCUAGCAUUUGAGGGUUACUUUAAAUUUCUUUUUAAAACUUCUCAAGUUUUUUUUUUUUUAAAUGAUGAUCAUUGUGAUAAUGUCAUUUUCUACUAUAGACCUUUUCUGCUCUCCUUAAUAAAACAUUAUGCAUCUUG